ACCGAGAAAACCAGUCUGUCCUCAUCACCGGAGAAUCCGGUGCGGGAAAGACGGUGAACACCAAACGGGUGAUCCAGUAUUUUGCCAGCAUCGCAGCUAUCGGCGACCGCAAGAAGGACGCAGCCAGCAGCGCGAAGGGGACACUGGAAGAUCAAAUCAUCCAGGCCAACCCCGCCUUGGAGGCCUUUGGCAAUGCCAAGACAGUGCGGAAUGACAACUCGUCUCGAUUUGGUAAAUUUAUCCGAAUCCAUUUUGGGGCGACGGGAAAGUUGGCGUCCGCCGACGUAGAAACCUACCUCCUGGAGAAGUCCCGUGUUAUUUUCCAGCUCAAAUCUGAGAGGAACUACCACAUCUUCUACCAGAUCUUGUCCAACAAGAAACCAGAGCUACUGGACUUGCUCUUGGUUACCAACAACCCCUACGACUACAACUACGUCUCCCAAGGAGAGGUGACCGUGGCCUCCAUCGAUGACUCGGAGGAGCUGCUGGCAACAGAUAGCGCCUUUGAUGUCCUGGGCUUCACUCCAGAGGAGAAGGUCGGCGUGUACAAGCUGACGGGAGCCAUCAUGCACUACGGCAACAUGAAGUUCAAGCAGAAGCAGCGGGAGGAACAGGCAGAGCCAGAUGGGACCGAGGAUGCAGAUAAAUCCGCCUAUCUGAUGGGGCUGAACUCAGCUGACCUCUUGAAGGGGCUCUGCCAUCCGCGGGUGAAGGUCGGGAACGAAUACGUCACCAAGGGGCAAAAUGUCCAGCAGUAUAACAGCUUCGAGCAGCUCUGCAUCAACUUCACCAACGAGAAGCUGCAGCAGUUCUUCAACCACCACAUGUUCGUGCUGGAGCAGGAGGAGUACAAGAAGGAGGGCAUCGAGUGGGAGUUCAUCGACUUCGGCAUGGACCUCCAGGCCUGCAUCGACCUCAUCGAGAAGCCCCUGGGCAUCAUGUCCAUUCUGGAGGAGGAGUGCAUGUUCCCCAAAGCCACCGACAUGACCUUCAAGGCCAAGCUGUAUGACAACCACCUGGGCAAGUCGGCCAACUUCGGGAAGCCCCGCAACACCAAGGGCAAGCCGGAGGCCCACUUCUCCCUCGGCCACUACGCCGGCACCGUUGACUACAACAUCACCGGCUGGCUGAACAAGAACAAGGACCCGCUCAACGAGACGGUGGUGGGGCUCUACCAGAAGUCGGCCCUCAAGCUCCUGGCCACCCUCUUCUCCAGCUACACUGGCACCGAUGCUGAUAGCGGCAAGGGAAAAGGCUCCAAGAAGAAAGGGUCGUCUUUCCAGACCGUCUCUGCGGUUCACCGGGAGAACCUGAACAAGCUGAUGGCCAAUCUGAAAACGACACAUCCCCAUUUUGUGCGGUGUCUAAUCCCCAAUGAAAAGAAGGCACCCGGCGAGAUGGAUAACCCUUUGGUCAUGCACCAGCUGCGCUGUAACGGGGUCCUCGAGGGGAUCCGGAUUUGCCGCAAGGGUUUCCCCAACCGAAUCCUCUAUGGGGACUUCAGGCAACGGUAUCGCAUCCUGAAUCCGGCCGCUAUCCCGGACGGUCAGUUCAUUGACAGCAGGAAGGGAGCGGAGAAGCUGUUGGGCUCUCUGGACAUCGACCACAACCAGUACAAAUUUGGGCACACCAAGGUUUUCUUUAAGGCUGGGCUGUUAGGCCAACUGGAGGAGAUGCGGGACGAACGCCUUUCCCGCAUCAUCACCCGCCUCCAGGCCCGGGCCCGGGGCCAGCUCAUGCGCAUCGAGUUCAAGAAGAUCAUGGAGCGCCGGGAUGCCCUGCUGGUGAUUCAGUGGAACAUUCGAGCCUUCAUGGGGGUGAAGAAUUGGCCGUGGAUGAAGCUGUUUUUCAAGAUCAAGCCGCUGCUGAAGAGCGCAGAGACCGAGAAGGAAAUGCAGACAAUGAAGGAGGAAUUUGCAAGGCUUAAAGAAGCGCUGGAAAAGUCAGAGACCCGGAGGAAGGAACUGGAGGAGAAGAUGGUCUCUCUGCUGCAGGAGAAGAACGACCUCCAAUUGCAAGUGCAGGCGGAGCAAGACAACCUCAACGACGCAGAGGAACGCUGCGACCAGCUGAUCAAGAACAAGAUCCAGCUGGAGGCAAAAGUGAAAGAGAUGACCGAGCGGCUGGAGGACGAGGAGGAGAUGAACGCCGAGCUCACGGCCAAGAAGCGGAAGCUGGAGGACGAGUGCUCGGAGCUCAAGAAGGACAUCGACGACUUGGAGUUGACUCUGGCCAAGGUGGAGAAGGAGAAGCACGCGACAGAGAACAAGGUGAAAAACCUCACAGAGGAGAUGGCAGGCUUGGAUGAGAUCAUCGCCAAGCUGACCAAGGAGAAGAAGUCCCUGCAGGAAGCCCACCAGCAGGCCCUGGACGACCUCCAAGUGGAAGAGGACAAAGUCAGCACACUCUCUAAAGCCAAGCUGAAGCUGGAACAGCAGGCGGACGACCUGGAGGGCUCCCUGGAGCAGGAAAGGAAGAUCCGGAUGGACCUGGAACGGGUCAAGAGGAAGCUCGAAGGAGACUUCAAGCUGGCUCAGGAGAACAUCAUGGACCUCGAGAACGACAAGCAGCAGCUGGAAGACAAGCUGAAAAAGAAGGAGUUUGACAUCAACCAACAGAAUAGCAAAAUCGAAGACGAGCAGGCCCUGGGGUUGCAGCUGCAGAAGAAACUGAAGGAGCUGCAGGCCAGGAUCGAGGAGCUGGAAGAAGAGCUGGAGUCGGAGCGCACGGCCCGGGCCAAGGUGGAGAAGCAGCGGUCCGACCUCUCCCGGGAGCUGGAGGAGAUCAGCGAGCGGCUAGAGGAGGCGGGUGGGGCCACGACGGUGCAAAUCGAGAUGAACAAGAAGCGGGAGGCCGAGUUCCAGAAGAUGCGGCGCGACCUGGAGGAAGCCACGCUCCACCACGAAGCCACGGCGGCGGCCCUGCGCAAGAAGCACGCCGACUCGGUGGCAGAGCUGGGCGAGCAGAUCGACAACCUGCAGCGGGUGAAGCAGAAGCUGGAGAAGGAGAAGAGCGAGCUCAAGCUGGAGCUGGACGACCUCGGCUCCAACGCGGAACAGCUGCUGAAAGCCAAGGUGAAUUUGGAGAAGAUGUGUCGCACCAUGGAGGACCAAUCUGCGGAUUACCGAGCCAAGUUUGAGGAGACCCAGCGGACCCUCAACGACACCAACACCCAGCGGGCCAAGCUCCAGACAGAAAAUGGAGAACUGAGCCGUCAGCUGGAAGAAAAAGAGGCUCUCAUUUCUCAGCUCACUCGAGGAAAACAGUCGUACACCCAGCAGAUGGAGGAUUUAAAGAGGCAGCUGGAAGAGGAGGCCAAGGCCAAGAAUGCUCUGGCGCACGCUCUCCAGUCGGCCCGCCACGACUGCGACCUGUUGCGGGAGCAGUACGAGGAGGAGAUGGAGGCCAAGGCAGAGCUUCAACGAUCGCUCUCCAAGGCCAACUCCGAGGUGGCUCAGUGGAGGACCAAGUACGAGACGGACGCCAUCCAGAGGACGGAGGAACUGGAGGAGGCCAAGAAGAAGCUGGCGCAGCGGCUGCAGGACGCCGAGGAGGCCGUGGAGGCUGUGAACGCCAAGUGCUCCUCCCUGGAGAAGACCAAACACCGCCUGCAGAACGAGAUCGAAGACCUCAUGGUGGACGUGGAGCGCUCGAAUGCGGCCGCGGCCGCCCUGGACAAGAAGCAGAGGAACUUUGAUAAGGUCCUCGCGGAAUGGAAGCAGAAGUUCGAAGAGUCCCAACUGGAGCUGGAGGCCUCGCAGAAGGAGGCCCGAGCUCUCAGCACCGAACUCUUCAAGCUGAAGAACGCCUACGAGGAGUCGCUGGAACAUCUGGAGACCUUAAGAAGGGAGAACAAGAACCUGCAAGAGGAGAUCUCUGACCUCACCGAACAGUUGAGCGAAGGCGGGAAAAGCAUGCAUGAGCUGGAGAAGGUGCGGAAGCAGCUGGAUGCUGAGAAGAUGGAGCUGCAGGCCGCCCUGGAAGAGGCAGAGGCCUCUCUGGAGCACGAGGAAGGCAAGAUCCUCCGGGCCCAGCUGGAGUUCAACCAGAUCAAGGCCGACAUCGAGCGCAAGCUGGCCGAGAAGGACGAGGAGAUGGAGCAGGCCAAGCGGAACCACUUGCGGGUCGUGGAGUCCCUUCAGGCUUCCCUGGACGCCGAGACCCGCAGCCGCAACGAGGCGCUGAGGGUCAAAAAGAAGAUGGAGGGCGACCUCAACGAGAUGGAGAUCCAGCUCAGCCAAGCGAAUCGGGUGGCGGCCGAGGUCCAGAAACACCUCAAGAUCGCCCAGGCUCAGCUCAAAGAUAACCAGAUCCAGCUGGACGAUGCCCUGAGAGCCAACGAGGACCUGAAGGAGAACAUCGCCAUCGUGGAGAGGCGGAACUCCCUGCUGCAGGCUGAGCUCGAAGAGCUCCGCAGUGUGGUGGAGCAGACGGAGCGUGCCCGGAAGCUGGCUGAGCAGGAACUGAUCGAGGCCAGCGAGAGGGUCCAGCUCCUCCAUUCCCAGGUGAAAAGGGCCCUUCCCUCACCACUUCUAAGUAGGUUCUUAGUUAAGACAGAUUCCUGGAGGAGAAGUCGGAAUGACGAGGAGAAGGCCAAGAAAGCCAUCACGGAUGCGGCCAUGAUGGCGGAGGAGCUGAAGAAGGAGCAGGACACCAGCGCCCACCUGGAGCGGAUGAAGAAGAACAUGGAGCAGACCAUCAAGGACCUGCAGAUGCGGCUGGACGAGGCCGAGCAGCUGGCCCUCAAGGGCGGCAAGAAGCAGCUCCAGAAGCUGGAGGCCCGGGUGCGGGAGCUCGAGAACGAGCUGGAGCUGGAGCAGAAGCGCAACGCCGAGAGCAUCAAGGGGAUGCGCAAGUGCGAGCGGCGCAUCAAGGAGCUCACCUACCAGACCGAGGAAGACAAGAAGAACUUGCUGAGACUCCAAGAUCUGGUGGACAAGCUGCAGCUGAAAGUCAAAGCUUACAAGAGGCAGGCAGAAGAAGCGGAAGAGCAGGCCAACACCAACCUGGCCAAGUUCCGGAAGGUUCAGCACGACCUGGAUGAGGCCAACGAGCGAGCCGACAUCGCCGAGUCUCAGAUCAACAAGCUGAAGGCCAAGAGCCGCGAUGUGGGAGGGAAGAAACUUCACGAGGAAGAGUGAGAUUUCGAACCGGCGGCAGAGCCGAACCUCAGUCUUCCUGGCACUCCCCUACUUCUCUGAGU